AUGAGCAGCCGUCUCAAGUCACAUCCCCAUACGUACCCCGCAAUCGAUGUUGCCUAUUCCUCCACCGAUCCGAUCCAUGAGCCGAUCAUUAUACACCUGCCGUCGAACGGGUUGCGUCUUCGAUUCGAUGGCCCCGAUCAGAGACUGCGGCUGAUCGAAGUUCUGGACUUUUCAAAAAUCCCGCUUAUAUACAAGAACCACGAAGUGGUCAAGAGCGUGAAACCCCAGGAGCAACCUGCCUCCCAUGCCGGGCCCAGCUUCCGUCACGUCUACAAUCGUUUGUUUGGACCUUCCUACCCAGGAGAGUAUAUUCCGCCGGCGGAUCACUCCCCAUAUGGGACUUAUGUUCUGUCAUACCCUGGUAUUGCAUUUUCCUUUCCCUUACUAGACUCAGCAUGGUCAGACCAAUGUGACUUUGUAGCAUUGCUGUCGUCCUCCGCAGCAUCUCCCGCCACCUCCAUGGCCAUUUUCCAAGGCUCUUCCUGGUCUGAAGCCCGCACUCGCCUGUUCACCGCACCUCCACACUAUCCGCGCUCUCCAGCGUUAAUUGGAAAGGGCAGAGACGCUGUUCCGGACGAGAUAGAAGAGGUUAGGGUUCUAGGAGCGGGAAAAAUAGAACUGAUACGACGAUCCAGUCCCCCGUUCUGCAUCACGCUCUCAGAAACGACUCCGCAAGAUCUGAUCGCGGAGUUAGGCCCACCUGACGCUAUAUACCGCAAGAAUGACCGCCGUAUAUCAAUUCAUGGCGCUGCUGGUGUCGCGCGUCCGCGCCCGAUAAGUCCCUCUCCAGGUCGUGGCAUGGAUACCCCGGAUACCGAUCAGUCGUCGAAUAAUAGCAUCACGGACGAUUCGGAUGAUGAGAUUUCUCCCGCCGCCGAUGUCGACCCGUCGUCUCUACCCACUGAAUGUUUCUUCAACUACUUCCACCACGGCUUCGACGCCUUUAUUUCCUACCCCACCACUCCAGGCCCUGCGUUUCCAGGCUCCGAUCUUCCAGACCCGUCGCCCCCACCUUCCUCAUCUCACUUGACUGUCACCAAACUGAUCGUCCACGGCAAUGUACCGGGGUCGUAUCCUUUUAACCGCCAUCGGCGGAGCCGCUGGAAGAUCCUGUUGGAUUCUUCGGGCGACUGUCUGACAUCCGAAACGCACUAUGAUGAGGUCUCCCGACGGCUCAAGGAGGUAUGGAAAGGUUCUUACGCGAAUGCCGCGGAGGAAAAGGCCCUCCAGCGGGGGAUGGUUCUCAACCGAGGUUGGGGGGACAGUCCAGAGAGCAGCGUCGAAUUCCUUGGCGGCUGGGAAGACAGUGCAGGAAAACACCGGUCGGCAUCAGCUGGUCAGGAUAGCGGCCAUGGAUUAGGCAAUACAGAGUUAUUUGGAUUUCCCGGACUGUUGUUUGAGGUGUUGAAGAACGGGGCAGUCAGCUGCAUGACAGUUUAUUAG